AUGACCAUUUUCAUUGCUUCAUUAUUUCUCCCCUACACCGUGAAUUUUCACGAUGAGUCCGAAGAGUCCCUCAGUAGCCCUCCGAUCUCAAAUCCUCCGUCUCAGGCAGUGACACCGGCGCCCAGGACCGCACUCAGCUUGUUUGAACGACAGAAUGGUGUCAGCAAGGUGGGUUUGACGCCUGGUGCGACAACUGAACAUGAGCGGAUCUUCACGUCGGAUAUCACCAAGGCGGAACAGGAACCGGCAAGUUAUCCCUUUCCAACCAUGGGGGCUGCCAAUGUCAACUCGCUCAGAGAGAGCGAAGCCCAUUCUCCCGCUUGGGGUGCCACAACGGUCUUGAAUCAGCCGAAGGCUCGACCCGCCAUCUCGCCGUCCCCAUCGAUCCUCAAGCACCAGGAGCCACGUGUUACCGUGAUGGAACCUAUUCGUGAGAAGACGCCAUUGAAAGUUGAGCCCUACAAGGCCCGUCAGCCGGAACCUACUCAGGAUCGCAGCGGCAAAACGUCGUUCUCCAAGGCCGAGUGGACAAUCGAGACAGCCGAGCAGGGGAAUGGUGGUCUGCGCAAUGCCGUGCGAUCGGCCACAGAUGCAGGUCAAUUGGAGGACAAGGUGUGGGUGGGCACGCUGGGAAUGCCCACGGAUGCAUUAUCCCCCCACACAAAGUCCGCCAUCGCUGAACGGCUGGAAGAUGAGUACGGAUCCUUGACCGUUUAUGUCAGCGACGGCGACUUUGACGGGCACUAUACCCACUUCUGCAAGACCAUUCUCUGGCCUGUGUUUCAUUACCAAAUCCCCGAUAACCCGAAGAGCAAAGCAUACGAAGAUCAUUCUUGGAUCUAUUACGUGAAAACCAACCAGGCAUUCGCCGAGCGCAUUGCUCGCAACUGGAAACGCGGCGAUUCGAUCUGGAUUCAGGACUAUCACCUGCUGCUCGUCCCUGCGAUGCUGCGCAAACUGCUUCCUGAUGCCCAGAUCGGAUUCUUUCUCCACAUCGCAUUUCCUUCCUCGGAGGUGUUCAGAUGCCUGGCGCCUCGUAAAGAGCUGCUUGAGGGUAUGCUUGGCGCUAAUUUGAUUGGGUUCCAGACCGACGAGUAUUGCCGACAUUUCUUACAAACCUGCAGCCGCAUUCUCUGCGUAGAAGCCACUAAUGAAGGAAUUGAGCUGGAAGACCGCUUCGUCAAUGUGGGCACGUUCCCGAUUGGCAUUGAUCCAACUUCCUGGGAUAAGCGACGUCAAGCUGCCGAUGUUGAGCAGUGGAUCAAGACCAUUUCGGACAGAUACCAAGGGAAACGGUUGAUUGUCUCUCGCGAUAAGAUCGACCAGGUUCGCGGAAUUAGGCAGAAGCUGCUGAGCUAUGAGCUCUUCCUGAAUACAUACCCCGAAUGGAGAGACAAGGUCGUUUUGAUUCAAGUUGCCACAAGCACAACUGAGCAACCGGAGCUCGAGGCCAUGAUUUCCGACAUCGCCAUGCGGAUCAACUCGAUGCACUCGACGCUUGCACACCAGCCUUUGGUAUUCCUGAAGCAAGAUCUUGCUUUCCCUCAAUAUCUAGCCUUGAUCUCGGUUGCGGAUGCUUUGAUGAUCACCAGUUUGCGUGAAGGAAUGAAUUUGACCAGCCAUGAAUUCGUCUACUGCCAAGACGGGAAAUAUGCAAAGUCUGGAAACAAGAAGUACGGAUCUCUCAUUCUGAGCGAGUUCACUGGAAGCGCAUCCAUCUUCGGCAACCAUGCUUUGCUGGUCAACCCGUGGGACUAUCGACAAUGUGCGGAAGCCAUUAACACUGCAUUGACACGGGGCGAAGAGGAGCGGGAGCGGGUGUGGACGCAACUACACCAAGCCGUUCUGAAAAACUCCACAGGGAACUGGGUCAAAUCCUUCAACGAGACCUUGCACCGUGUCUGGAAUGAGCAGUCUUCACGCGAGAUCAUGGCUGUGCCACGCUUACCAGUCAACCACGUUGAGGAGAUGUAUCGCAAAUCAGCUCGCCGACUGAUCAUUGUGGGUUACGAAGGCACUCUUGCCUCCUGGGGCUCCCCGAAGAGCAUCAUCGUCACGACCCCACAGCGAGCUAUUACGACCUUGACGGAUCUGACAGAAGAUAGCAAGAACGUGGUCUACGUCAUGAGCUCAAGGAUGCCCGAAGAAAUGGAGCGGCUCUUCCGGCGCGUUCCUGGCCUUGGAUUGAUUGCGGAGAAUGGCUGUUUUGUGCGGGAGCCUAACACGGAAGAAUGGCUCAAGUUAACCAACAAGGAGCGGACGGACGCUUGGAAGGAAGGAGUCAAUCAGAUUCUCAGUUACUACCAGGAGCGAUCGGAAGGUAGCUGGAUUGAAAGACGUCAUUGCUCCCUCGUGUUCCACUACGGGUCGGCAGAUGAUCAUGAAGCCGCCUCUCGGCUUGCUUCCGAGUGCGCCAGUCACAUCAACGACGCGUGCGCCAGCCAAGGGGUCCAUGCCGUGCUGGUCGAUGGUGCCCUGGUGGUGGGACCCGCCAACACAAACAAAGCUUCGGCGGCGGAACUGGUAUGGCGCGAAUGUGUGGAAGCGAGUCAGAAAGAUGAGAAUGUUCCACGACCGGACUUUUUGCUGGCCAUUGGCGACAGCCGUGAUGAUGAACCUGUGUUCCGUUGGGCCAACAAGUUGAAAAGCGCCAAAGCCGUUGAUUAUGCAAUAACGGUCACGCUGGGAUCUCGCAGCACUGAAGCCAAGGCAACAUUGACACAAGGAGUUACUGGUGUCCUUUCUUGUCUCGAAAGACUAGCAAAUGCCUCCCCGGCACAGUGA